UCUAUCGAGCAAAAGAAAACUCAAGUAAAAUAAUAAGUAAAAAAUACUGCAUCAGUUGACCUUCUCAAAGUUGCUGGUUGAUUGUAAUUUUUGAUUGAUUGUUUUAAUUGUUUCAAUUCUAAAGAUGAGCAAACUUGCUGCUAAAAUACCUCAACUGGUCAACCAGGCUAAGCCUGUUGUCAAUGCUAAUCUCAAUCGUUUCAUGCACUAUGCUAAGGUUGAAUUGGCACCUCCUCACCCAGGAGAAAUCCCUCAAAUAUUCAGAGAUGCUGGAAAAUUGAUCAAAGGAGCUGCCACUGGAAGAUGGGCUCGAGUUACUGUUAGAGAAGGAUUAGUCAAUGCUAUUAUCACAGCUGAAGUUAUUUGUUGGUUUUUCGUAGGUGAAAUCAUUGGAAAACGAUCCCUUAUUGGAUACAAAGUUUAAUUUGUCAAUUCAAGGAUAUGUAAAAGUGUAUUCCAUAGCUAAGUAAUAAAUCUACUUUAGAGAUAUCGUUAAAA